UUUCAUUUAGUUUCUGUCACUUUCCUCAUCCCACCUUCCUCUCAACACCAUCCCUCUCUCCUCAUGCUUUCCUGUUUUCUCUCUUUCUUUGUUUUUUGUGUAUCCUUUAUCUGAUGUUUUGGCCAUGUCCUCCUCUUCUGAAUCACCAUCUGCCUCCCUCCUUCUCUCCCUCCCACACAAACACUCACACACUUUUGCCACAUGACAAAAGACGUUCUAUUUUUGCCCCCCAAGCAGCUUUUUUCUGAGGUGGUCGUUAACUAAUUAAAGUUCUGCAUGUGUUGGCUGGAUGGAUCAGCUGUGAAAACAGCUCACAAAGUUUUAUCACUUAUGCUUCGUCUGGGAUUGGAUUCAAACUGUGGAUUAAAUUCAUUUUAUGAGCUCAAAUGAGUUUCUGAAGCGGCAGCACAGCGACAGAUGACCGAAGGAGCGGCCAGUUGCAGCCUAUCUGAAGAUGUCUGAUAAUGGGGAGGUCGAGGACAAGCCUCCAGCUCCUCCCAUGAGGAACACCAGCACCAUGAUCGGCUCCUGCAACAAGGACCCCACGCCCCUGAACCACGGCUCCAAGCCGCUGCCGCCCAACCCGGAGGACAAGAAGAAGAAGGACCGCUCCAUCCGAUUCAUCCUCACCGGGAGCGAUAAGACCUAUAGGAAGAAGGAACGUCCUGAGAUUUCUCUGCCGUCAGACUUUGAGCACACCAUCCACGUCGGUUUUGAUGCUGUUACUGGGGAGUUUACUGGCAUGCCGGAGCAAUGGGCCCGGCUGCUGCAGACGUCCAACAUCACCAAACUGGAGCAGAAGAAGAAUCCUCAGGCCGUCCUCGACGUCUUAAAGUUCUACGACUCAAAGGAAACGGCCAACAGCCAGAAGUACAUGAGCUUCACAGAUAAAACUGCAGACGCCUUCAACUCCUCCAUCGUAACGAGCUCCAAGGCCGUGUCGGAGACGCCCGCCAUAGCAACCGUGUCCGAGGAUGAAGACGAAGACGAGGCCGAGCCCCCGCCGGUGAUCGCCCCCCGUCCUGAGCACACCAAAUCGAUUUACACCCGCUCAGUGAUCGAGCCACUCCCUCCUCCUUCCACCAAAGAUGCAGCCACUUCCCCCAUCAUCCCACCAGCCCCCGCCGCCGCCGCCGCCGUUACCCCCGCCCCACCUGCAGAGGCAGCUCCCAGCAGCCCCCCCAGUGCAAGCCCCGCCCCCGGCCCGUCUCUGCCCCGCGCACAAGAUAAAAAUAAGAAGAAGAAGAUGUCUGACGAGGAGAUCCUGGAGAAACUACGGACAAUUGUUAGCGUGGGAGAUCCUAAGAAGAAAUAUACUCGGUUUGAAAAAAUAGGACAGGGCGCCUCUGGUACAGUGUACACAGCUAUAGACAUCGCUACAGGACAAGAGGUUGCCAUUAAACAGAUGAACCUGCAGCAGCAGCCAAAGAAAGAGCUGAUCAUCAACGAGAUUCUGGUGAUGAGGGAAAACAAGAACCCAAACAUUGUCAACUACCUGGACAGCUACCUGGUCGGCGAUGAGCUGUGGGUGGUGAUGGAGUACCUGGCUGGAGGUUCGCUGACUGACGUCGUCACGGAAACCUGCAUGGAUGAAGCUCAGAUUGCUGCUGUGUGUAGAGAGUGUCUGCAGGCGUUGGAGUUCCUCCACUCGAACCAGGUCAUCCAUCGAGACAUCAAGAGCGACAACAUCCUGCUGGGCAUGGACGGCUCCGUGAAGCUCACCGACUUUGGAUUCUGCGCCCAGAUCACUCCGGAGCAGAGCAAGCGCAGCACCAUGGUGGGGACUCCUUAUUGGAUGGCUCCAGAGGUCGUGACCCGGAAGGCUUAUGGGCCCAAAGUGGACAUCUGGUCCCUGGGCAUCAUGGCCAUCGAGAUGGUGGAGGGGGAGCCGCCGUAUCUGAACGAGAAUCCCCUCAGGGCGCUGUAUCUCAUAGCAACCAAUGGGACGCCGGAGCUGCAGAACCCAGAGAAACUGUCAACAAUAUUCAGAGACUUCCUGAACCGAUGCCUGGAGAUGGACGUGGAGAAACGAGGAUCUGCUAAAGAACUACUGCAGCACCAGUUCCUGAAGAUGGCCAAGCCUCUCUCCAGCCUCACUCCUCUCAUUCUGGCAGCCAAGGAGGCGGCAAAGAACAACCGCUAGCUGCCACUGCUCUGGUUUGUCGUCAUCGCUACGUGAGUCUGCGGCCGCCGGCCCGGUUACAAAACCCUCAGAAGGACUUGAGUUGUUCUCUCUCUCCUCCUCCGAGUGUUUUCUACCUUGGAGCUGCUUUAUUUGCCCUGUCUCCUUCCACCCCAUCCGCCUCACAGAGAGGAAAAGCCCCCAAACACCCCACCGGACCCAGGCGAAGGGACCGAGGGACGUCUCCAGAGCCCAAAGACGCCGGCUCGUUUUUAUUGUUUUUAAAUCAGGACCACAUCGUCGGACAUUUGGACGUUUUUUAUUUUGUUUUGGAAGCGAUUCCUUUUUUAUGAAUCAGUUUUAGUUGUUGCGUGUUUGUCACCGUGGACCGUUGGGAUUUUAUUCAUGUCGAUCGUAGCGUCGCCCUGUGCAGAGCCGGUCGGGUUUGGUACUUUGUCGUGUCUUUGUUAAACACUGGUUUGCCCAGAGCCAUCAAUGGACGAGGUUCAACAUAAAACCGAAUUAUCAUCUUUCACUGGAGCACCAGAACCACAGGCUGCUCCUCAACAACGUCACAUUAAUCUACUAAUUCUAUGGUUUUAAUACAUAAAUUAUGUUUUUUAUUUGUCAUCUCCCAUGCAGUUGCUGUUUAAAGUAUUCUAGAUUUCUUCUGUUUUUGCUUUUUUGUCACAACAAAAACUUUCAGACCAUCAAACUGUUUUUAAUAUUAGACACUGACGAACAGAGGAAGUUUUAAAUGACAAAAGCGAUUCAAGAAGUAAAACCAGAGUUAGUAAUAACCAGAGUUGGUUCUAGUUACAUUCACUCAAGUAACUUUUUUUGGAAAAAAAAAAUUACUUUUACUACGCUGUACUUUUACUUGAGUAUCUCUACUCUUACUCGAGUAAAAUUUUGGGGUUUGGUCCAUCCGAUGAUGUAAUUUUUAAAUAUUAAAGGUUUAAUUUGACCAGUUAUUCAGUACUUGAUUAGACCUUUUACCAAGUACUUUUGUACUUGAGUAAAAUAUAUUGAAGUAAUGCUACUCUUACUUGAGUACAGUUUUUGGGUACUCUACUCUGCGAGUAAAGGGCCACAUCUGGCCACGCCCCUCCGUGCAUCCUGGCUCCGCCCACUUUGCUGGAACUGUCCAGAAAUUGUCUGGGGGGCAGGGCUAGUUAUGUUAGCCUCUUUCACAUAGAAGCCAGGUUGAUUUGUUUUCUGUUAUCAAGUGAAAUAAUAAUUUAAAAACUAAAUUCAGUUCUGAUCUGAAGCAGAAGAAAUCUGUAAAUACUUUCUCACAGAUCUGUAGAUAGAGCUGUAGAAUUAAAAAGGGGUGUACUUAUUUUAUUAUUUCAGUAAAAGAGGAACCGUCCAUCUGUGGCUCUGGGCGUCGGUGGGCUCGUUUUGGGCUCUGGGGGGAAAGUGCAUGAGAUCCACCUUUUCUUUGUUUUUAUACGGUAUGUUUAGAGUAAGAAGUGAUAAAUGAGCGCAUCGAUGAUUAAUGAAGGAUGCUUGUGUACGAUAGUAGAGAUCAUAUCUGAAUCCUAUUUUCAGAAGACGGAUAAAUGUUUUCCAGCCUGGAGGAGCCCUGUGAACAUGCGGUGUAUAUUUUACAUGCAAGAAGAAAAACAACCGUUCCAGCUUUUGUUUACAGAUCAUUUUUUUAUACAUUGAUCAGAUUAUUACAUUUAUAAUUUUUGGAUGAGGAGUUGAGCUUCGGAGAAUCUGAAAACUCUGCAAAAAACUCCUAAACAUUUAUCCAAAACUGUCUCUGAUUUUAUGAUUUCUUCCUUUUUUUGUUAUUUUUUUAGGUACUUCUGGCCUUAAACUGUUUCAAAGGCUUAAGAAUUGUUUUAAUGUUUGAUGGAAGUGACGAGCUGCAGCAUUUUCAGUCGAAGCUCCAUUUAAUUUCAACACAACUUAAAGCUUAACUGUUAUUACUGGAUAUUUCUCUGCAGCAAAUCAGCAGGUGCAACAAAAUGUGAACAUUAUCCGCUUUGCAUCAGAAAAACAGGCGAAAGUUUAUGAUUUAAUGUUUAAUAACUGGCUGAAAAUGUUGCAGUUGUGUUGUUGUGUCCAGGUCUGAAUCCCCAUAAAGCUCAGCUGAAUAUUUAAAGGGCUAUUCUGCAGUUUUUCAUAUUUAGUUUGAAACCAAGAGUCACGAUGCAGGAGCUGCCUGUC